AGAGCUUCAAACUCUUACCCAUUUAAGACACCACCUUGAGGGCACAAAAAUAUUCUUAGUUUUUGUUUGUUCUACCCUAUUAUCCUUACAGAGUUCAAGAGCCCCCUUGGGUAAAGAGAGAGAAUGAGAGGUAGAGAGAGAGUGAGAGUGAGCAACAACAGGGCACACAGACGGCAGACGACACGGAGUUGGGAACGGUCCAGAUAUCAGAGAAGGAACAGAGAUGGGCAAACUGAUGGGUUACUAAACAGAGGACGAAGGCAGAAUCAAGAUGUGGUCUUGGCUAUUUAUUGCUCACAGAGGAAAUCUAAAUCAGGUAGUAGAUUUGGUUUUGUAAGAUUCUUAGAUGUUAAGAAUGAGGUGGAGUUGGAACGAAAGCUUGAUCAGAUUAGAGUAGGAAUGUCCAAACUUUGGGUUAAUAGACCAAGGUUCAAGAAGGAAGAGGUGAGAAACAGAGCUGUUACAAAACAAGUGGAGAUAUAUCCUGUCAAACCAUGGAGUUCAUUUGCUGAGGUUGUUAAAGGGAACCAAAGGUUGGAAGUUAGCAAUGUAAGUCAUUCUCAACCGGUUCCAGGUGCUAUAGUUUACAAACAAAAGCAGCAAAAUAUAGUCUCAUCCAAAUCAACAACCCAAGUAUGGAUAAAGAAAAACAAUGAACGUGCAAGUGCUGGCUUGGAAUUUACAGUGAAGGAGGAGGACCUCCAAUGGCUGGAAGGGUGCUAUGUUGGAAUUGCACACUCUGUCACAAUUAUCCUGACUCUGCAGGAAAAAUUCCUUAUGGAAGGUUACUUUUCCUGUAAAGUUAGACCUCUCAGGGGACGAUUAGUCUUAUUGGAGGGGAGUGAUAAAGAUGAGAUUAAGGAAUUGGCUGAAACAACUCCGGAAUGGCUGGGGCAAUGGUUUGAGGAGGUAAAGCCAUGGGCUCCAUCAAUGGUUGCUAGAGAAAGAUUCGUGUGGAUCCGUUGUCAAGGUGUUCCUGUCCAUGUUUGGGGGCCAGAGUUUUUCUCUACAAUUGGGGCUGUAUGGGGUAAGGUUAUCUCCUUAGACGAUAGCACUAGCAGGAAGUUAAGAUUUGAUAUUGGAAGAGUGUUGAUCUCCACUCAUAUCAUGGAGUUCAUUUCAAAAUCCAUGAUCAUUUCAGUGAACGGUGUACCAUAUGUGAUUAAAGUAAUGGAGGAAGAGGCCACCAAUGGCAUCUUUUCCAUGAAGUCGGACCAUGUGUUCAGAGAACUAAGUUUUUCAGAUGAUCAUAGCUCCGAAGCAUGGUCCCUGAAUAGUGAUGGGCAAGAUGAGGUGGAGGAAAGAGACAAGGAGUUAGACAAGGCUGAUGUGGAUGAGAUGCAUCGGAGAAGAAAAGGUAGCCUGUGUUGGAGAAGCAGAGGAAGUCCAUGUCGGCUAGAAGAUUUCAGCGAGGUUCAAUCUUUCUGGCAAGGUUUCGAAAGCGAGUCGGGUCAACUGAAAGCAUGGAUGGGAGCGGGUAGUAAUGGGAAGAGGAAGGCGGUUAGAGAUUUAGUUAUUAGGGAGAAAGUUGAGUUCUUAUCAAUACAGGAAUCGAAAUUAGAGGUGGUGGAUUUUCAAAUCUGCAGAGCUUUAUGGGGAGCAGAGAAUUUUGAAUGGGUUGCUCAACCCUCAAAAGGUAUGGUUAGGGAUAUCUGGAUGUCAACAGUAGUAAAUGGAUGGAAUGGGUUUUGUUUGAAGGAGAAAUUGAAGGAAAUUAAGAAGGUGCUGAAAGUGUGGAGCAAGAACAUGGUCUUAGAGAUUGACUUGGGUAUACAAAACUGCAUUGAUUCUAUUGCUGUCAUUGAUAAAAAAGGUGAGGUGACAUCACUAGCUCCAGAAGAUAUCGAGCUCAAAAGGACAAAUUUCCUGGAUCUAGGGAAAAACCAAAGGAUCAAGGAAAGCAUAUGGCGCUAGAAAGCAAGGAAGACAUGGAUUAGCGAAGGGGAUGCCAAUACAAAAUUUUUUCACAG